UUGGUCAAAGUUCAAAGUUUGAUCCAUACAGCACUGCUGCAGUUCCGGGUUGGCUCUAGCGAUGGUCAAACCGUUGCACUUGUUUUACACUGCAAGCCUGGCUGGUUUCACCGCCGUCUCAGGCCUGUUGUUGUUGUUGUACCACUGUGUACCUGUCCUGUACUACCUGUGCACGGGGAUCCUGCUGGGUUCAGUCGGGUACGGGGUGGUUCUGUACUGGGCGCCGAAGAGCCGAGUGGACGGGAACGGCAAAGCUGUUUUCAUCACAGGCUGUGACAGCGGCUUCGGAUUUCUGCUGGCCAAACGCCUGGACUCGCUGGGCUUCACGGUGUUUGCCGGCUGUCUGCUGGCAGACAGUGGUGGGGAGGGGGCAAAGAAACUCCGGGCGGAGUGCUCGAGCAGGCUGAGUACUGUUCAGAUAGACGUGACUGAUGAUGGACAGGUGCAGGCCGCUGUACAACAGGUCAAAGAUAGACUACCGACGGGAUCAAAUGGACUUUACGCAUUGGUGAACAAUGCUGGGGUUGCCCAACCAGGGGAGGUAGAGUGGGUCAGCCUCGCCGCCUACCGACGUGUGAUGGAAGUGAACACCUUCGGCUCCGUGCGGGUCACCAAGGCGUUCCUGCCGCUUAUUCGUAGGGCGAAAGGGCGAGUUGUGAACACUUCCAGCGGGUCAGGGAUCCAUGCGCACCCGGCUAUGUCAGCCUACUGCAUGACUAAGGCAGCGCUGGAGUCGUUCUCAGAUGCACUUAGGCACGAGAUGCACAAGUGGGGUGUCCAGGUCGUCAUCGUGGAGCCUGGCAGGUUUGCGAAGGCCACGGACAUCGUUUUGCCCGAGAUCUACAAUAGGCAUGUAGAGAACUUGCGGGACAACAUGGAGGAGGUGGUGAAGGAGGAUUACGGCUUGGAGUACUUCAACUUCCGGAUGGGACAGAUAGAGGCCGGGCAUAGUGAUUCAAGCCAUGCCAAGGACGCCACUGCUGUCAUAGAUGCUAUGGUGGACGGCGUCACCCUGACCACCCCCGCUCAUAGGUACUUGGUCGGGGCCAAUUUCGAGAACUACGUGAAUGUCAUCUGGCUGGCGUACUUCCCUUCACCGUGGACAGACUCUGCAGAAAGGGGUGGGAAUGAAGACGGCGUCAUGCCAGCCAUGUUGACGAAAAUCAACUAAAACAUGAUUGUAGAGAAGGUCAUAUAGAGUUCAAUCACAUACAAGUCAGUGCAUGGAACAUAAAUGUUUCCUUCUGUUUCGGUUAUAUAUAUGGCUUAAAAGCGUAUUUUUAAUCUAUUUAAAUCACUAUCCAGUUUAUUUUAUUGUAGUAUAUAUAUUUAGUAGGGACAUACAUGUCGCCUAUUGGCCGUUUUCAAUGAAUCCUGCACGGGGGAGGGCGUGGCAUGAAAUAAAAUAACAAUCAAUGAAGUUAUGUUGUAGAUGAACUAAGGUCAGAGCACUAUGACCUGUGUGGUAUCAUGUUUCCGCUCCAUUGACCAGGGCGUUAUUGUAAACUUGCAAUGCAAUGUAUGAUGUAGACUCUGUACACUUCAAGACGCCAACAGGGUGACAAUGGUGGUGGCAGGCUGAAUAAAAGUUCUAAACGGGAACUAUGCGGCUCCAGAGGUC